CAAUGACCAAUAUAAAUACAUACAUGUGUGUCAUUAUUUCCCCCUACUAUACUACUCCUUUCUUCUCCUGAGUCUUCAUAAUUCAUACAUACAUACACAUAUUCAUCGAUGGAGAUGGAAUUAGGCAUAGGCACGGAAGAGUUUCUUAACGAUGCUUCCCACAUCGCCAAGGGAAAGCGCACCAAGAGGCACAAACCCUUCUCCCCUUGCGACGUCGCCGCCAUCACUUCCAGCUCCUCAAGCGCCAACGACUCUGCUUCCUUCUCUUCCACCACCACCUUUCAAGACGAAGAACAAGACAUGGCUAACUGCUUGAUUCUCCUUGCUCAAGGAAAAACAGGCGGAGAAGAAACCGAUGAGGAAGAAGAUAACAAGAUGAGAGAGAAGAGCAAAAGAAUAUCGGAGGUCACGACAACCGAAACUACAAAAAUCGGUUUCUACAUCUAUGAAUGCAAAACGUGCAACCGAACAUUCCCUUCUUUUCAAGCUCUUGGAGGCCACAGGGCCAGCCAUAAAAAGCCAAAGGUCACAUCAGAUGAUAAAAAGAAACCGCAACCACAACCACAACCAAAUACUUUGGCGCUAAUCACAAAUUGCGACUUUGAAGAAACAAAGCAAGUACGUAUGAUGACAACAAGCCCUCCAAUUUCCCUUCAAUUGGGAUAUGGUGGUGCUAGCAACAACAAUAACGGCAAGCCCAAGAUUCAUGAGUGUUCAAUUUGCGGUUCAGAAUUCACAUCUGGACAAGCCCUUGGUGGUCACAUGAGGAGGCAUAGGACAGCUGUCAUCACUACUACUAGUCCUCAGCCAACUUGUGACGUGCCUGCCACGCUGGAGGUCGUUAAGCAGCCGCGGAAUCUUCUGGAAUUGGAUCUCAACCUUCCGGCGCCGGCGGACGACGACCACCACCACCGGGAUUCCCAGUUUCAGUUCUCGUCCACACAGAAAACCAUGAUGCUUUCUGCUGCACCGCGUUUGGUGGAUUGUCAUUAUUAAUUAGGAGGCCAGGUUGGGAAUUAGUUGAACAAGCUAAGCUAUGGGGGAAAUUAUUAUUAUUAUUAUUAUUAUUGCUGUUAUUAUUAUUAUUAUCAUUAUUAUUGUUUUGAUAAUGAAUUAUCGAUGAUCAAUGUGAAUUAUUAGCUUUAUUUUAAUUUGCAAUACACCUUAUAUUAUUACGAUUGUGAAUUUUA